AUGCAGUACCCCCCCCCUGCCCCCCCCGGGGGCCCCAAGGACAAGGCCCCUCCUCCGCCGGCGGGGGCCCCCAAGGGCCCGCCGGGGGGCCCCCCAGCAUCACCUAAGCCCAAGGGGCCCCCUGGUCCCCCGUCUAAGGAUGCUGCAGCCUCACCGCCUCCAAAAGAAGCAGCAGCAGCAGCAGCAGCAGCAGCAGAAACAGCAGCAGGAGCAGCAGCAAAGUCUCUACCCCCCGCCAAAGACACGCCUGCAGCAGGGGGGCCCCCAUCCCCCACCAAGCUGCCCCCAUCCCCAGGGAGCAAGGGGCCCCCCCCCCCAGCCCCUGCAGGCAAGGGGCCGCUGCCCCCUAAGGGGGGCCCCCCUAAACCCUCACCACCCCCAGCAGCAGAUGCAGUACCAUCCAGCCCCCCUGGCGAUUCUUCUCCUGUGAGCAAGGGGCCCCCGGGGCCCCCUAAGGGGCCCCCAGGGCCCCCGAAGGGGCCCCCGGGGCCCCCCAAGGGGCCCCCAGCAGCCGCCAAAGGGCCCCCGGGGCCCCCAAAGAAACCAGGGCCACCAGCGGUGAGUCUGCCUUGCCUACUGCCCCCUCCCCUUUAG